GGGCGGCGGCGGGCGGAGCGCUCCCCCGGCAGCCUCACGGCCCCGCUGCCCGCAGGCAGGCAGGACUUCGGGCGGCCGGCCGGUCGGGCGCCCCCCAGGCUGUUUCCGGAGGAAGGAGAAGAGCAGCUGCCCCCUCCCCCCUCUCCGCCUUCCUCCCCGUUCUCCUCCUCCUUCUCCUCCUCCUCCUCCCUCCCGGCCCCCCGAGCGGAGCGCGGAGUCACCCCGGCGCGUAGACGGGCCCGGCACUCGCACACACACAAUGGCGCUGAAACGCAUCAACAAGGAACUUAGUGACUUAGCCCGUGAUCCUCCAGCACAGUGUUCAGCAGGUCCCGUUGGAGAUGACAUGUUUCAUUGGCAAGCCACAAUUAUGGGACCUAACGACAGUCCAUAUCAGGGUGGUGUAUUCUUCUUGACAAUUCACUUUCCCACAGACUACCCAUUCAAACCACCUAAGGUUGCAUUUACAACAAGAAUCUAUCAUCCAAAUAUUAACAGUAAUGGCAGCAUUUGUCUUGAUAUUCUAAGAUCACAGUGGUCUCCUGCUUUAACUAUUUCUAAAGUUCUCUUAUCCAUUUGUUCACUGUUAUGUGAUCCAAAUCCAGAUGAUCCACUAGUGCCAGAGAUUGCACGUAUCUAUAAAACAGACAGAGACAAGUACAACAGAAUAUCUCGGGAAUGGACUCAGAAGUAUGCCAUGUGAUGCUACCUUAAAGUCAGAAUAACCUGCAUUAUAGCUGGAAUAAACUUUAAAUUACUGUUCCUUUUUUGAUUUUCUUAUCCGGCUGCUCCCCUAUCAGACCUCAUCUUUUUUAUUUUUUUGUUUACCUCCUUCCAUUCAUGCACAUGCUCAUCUGAGAAGACUUUAGUUCUUCCAGCUUUGGACAAUAACUGCUUUUAGAAUCUGUAAAGUAGUUACACAAGAACAAUUGCCCAAGAUUCAGAUUUUUUUUUAAUGGAGCAUGUGUAUUAUGUGGCCAAUGUCUUCAUUCUAUCUUGGUUAUGAGGUUAAAAACAAACAUUCCUCACUGCUCUAACAGAUACUGAAGAUACCACCUGAAGGGGGGAGGGGAGAUGGAUGUGCAGUUUUCUCCCAUCAAAGAAGUAACAUUGCUGUAGCAACAUCCAUCUUGUUCCAAACCUUCCAGUGUUAGAGAACUGAGGUUUUAUUAUAUACUUUUGCUCAUAACUGAUGUGUCUGGAGAAUUGGUACUGAAUCUAUAGCAUCAGCAGAACAGAAAAUGUGAUGUAUCUUAUGCAUGUCAAUAAAGGAAUGACCAGUUCUUGUUUUACAGAGAAUGGAAAUUGGAAGUCAAACAUCCCUUGUAUUCCAAAAUAGGGUUUAAGAACAUUUUUGUAAUUCAUUUAAAUUUUGUUAGGAGGCUUGGAGCUAUUAGUUAAUCUGUCUUCCAAAACACUGUUUAAUAUAGCACUGAAUAAAUGAUGCAAGUUGUCAAUGGAUGAGUGAUCAACUAAUAGCUCUACUAGUAAUUGAUUUAUUUUCUUCAAUAAAGUUGCAUAAACCAAUGAGUUAGCUGCCUGGAUUAAUCAAUAUGGGAAACAAAAUCUUUUGUAAAAGCAAAGCUGGUUUUUGUAUAUACUGUUGGCAUUUGCCUCAUUGUUUAACAUCAAAUAAUGAUGUAAAGUUCAAUAGAGUGACUCUUCUGCCAUUUUCAGUUCUAAUGCUCAGUCUGUUGCAGGUUGGCACAUUGCUCGGCCUGGUGGAUGCAGAACUAAUAAGCUAACAUAGUCGUGUAGCCGUAGUAGGGGGCUGCACUCGGUGCUGGGAGCCCAGCGUUCAAGGAUGGACUUGGGACCCAGCAGAUCUGAAGUGGUGUGUUGUGGAGAUACUUCCUGAUGCACCUGUGUUUGCUGACUGAGAACCUUUUUCUUCACCUUGUACACUUGACAACUGAAAGAUCUUAAUGUGGGGGGUAAUGAUGAGGCAAAAAAAUUAUAAAAUAAAGUACUGUUUUGAUGUGGGAAUUGUCAUGAGGCUGUGUUGAAGUGACUUUACUAUGUGGGAUGUUCGUUACCAUUGAAAAGGACUUGUUCAGCCAUGCUGCCAUUUACAUUGAUGACUAUUUUAAUGCAACAGACACUUUCUUCAUGUCAGGUGACUAAACGUGAAUAAAGACUCAUUGCUAUUGGAUUUUUGUUCUACAA